AUGCGCGCACGACACAGACUCAUUUGCGAUACGCUCCGUCCUGCGCAGAAGCUUGAUGAUGCGACAUUCUUGAAGGCCUUCCUCGACGUCCUUGGUGAUCAUUUCGCGCUCUGGACGCACGGCGUACAUCACCGGAAUCUCGAUUUCGACGUCUUUAAGUACAGCGCGGUAGAUGGUGAUAUAUGCGGUGCCCUCGUCGACCACGAUAUACUCUCCCAGCGAGCUCGAGCAGACUACGGGCGCGCAGGACAAUUCAUGGCUUUCGAGCUCUUGCGUGCGGCCGCUUAUGGAGGAGCACGCAAAGGGUCAUAUCCGCUCUAUCGCCACGACCUUGAAGCGUUCUACAUGAUGCUCGUCUGGAGAUGCUGCUGCAUUGGAGAUGACGGCAACGAGCAAGUGGGAGAGACGCUCUACCGGCUCACUUCCUGCGACUAUGAAGAGUGUUACUAUGGCAGAAUCUGGUACGAGAGGAGCGCUUAUGAUGAAAGGGAGGGUCUGGUGCACCCGUCCCAUCAGGUUCUCUGGGUUGUCGCCGAAGCAUGGACAGAGGACCUCGAAGGGCGCGUCCGUCUGCGGGAGAGGCGGACUAGACGGGAUGAUGUGUUUGAGCAGGACGCACAAGAGUCGUGGACCAGGUUCUGCGCUCUUCUCGGGUUGGAUGGGGUCAGGAGUCAGCUGGAGGCGUGUGGAGGGGAAGGAGCGGCCGUCUUGAGGGUGAUAAAUCAGUUCCUCGCGGGGCCGCGAAAGCCUUUCGUAUGA